AUGGGAUUUGGCACCCGCUCCUGUAUGGUGUUCUGCUACCUGAACGGUGUCUGUGCUGUGUUCAUUAGCUAUUUGUUCAAAAUAGGCAUCGACUCGAUGGCAAUCACCUCGGUGAUCAACAAAUGGGAUCGGCAGGAAAAGGCGCGUGCGUGCCGCAACGCCGGUAUUCUGUACUUGAUCUUGGCGGUGGCGGUGACGGUAAAGGAUGCGAUAGACACCUGUCGGGAGCGGCGCCUGAGCAGAGGCGUUGGUCAACGCAUGGCAGAGUACGGCAUGGCUGACGCACCCGCUGAUGCGGCGGAGACCGUACCACUGCUUGAGUGUAGCGCUUACGUCCACGGCAAAGGUACGCGCGGCCGCAGUGUUGCCAGGCGUGGUGGCAGUGACGGCGGCGGAUACGGUGGCGCGUAUUACUAG